GAACGGUCGUUAGUUUCUACAUAAAGUUCUACCGGGCAAGAUGAAACUGUGGCUACCGGUGUUGGGAUGCAUGCUUCUGGCACUAGCAGCUGGAACGUACGGGAUAGAGUUUACCGAGUUUCAGUUGUACGUGAUUAUUCCAGAAACGCGUGAGCAGCUGGAUCAGUUGCACGAGCUGGUAAAGGAUGAUAACUACGACUUCUGGGAUGUUCCACGGUUGAACCGAAAGGCUCGGGUGAUGGUGAGCCAUUACGCAGAGUCGAAGUUUGAACAGUUUCUGGAGCAGCACGAUAUUGAAUUUGAUCCGAUCGCAGACAACGUUCAACAAAUUUUAAACAAAGAACGUCGAUCCAACGAUGCCUUCCACAAGCGAACGAAGCGGGACGUCACUACACAAGCGGAAGUUGAUUUCGACCACUAUUGGACUUUGGAUGAAAUCUAUGCGUACGUGGAGGAUCUGGCGGCAAACAACCCAAUGGUGACGGUCUUCGAUAUCGGAACCACACCGGAAGGAAGACCAAUCAAAGCGCUAACGAUUUCCUCCGCUGGCCAGGUUAGCAUGAACCGUCCGGUUGUCUUUAUGGAUUCUGGCAUUCAUGCGCGUGAAUGGGCUGGUAUAAUGUCGGUUAUGUACAUGAUCCAACAGUUUGUCGACCUACCAGAGCAGUAUGCUGAACAACUAGCCAACACCGAUUACGUCAUCAUUCCUGUAAUGAACCCGGAUGGAUACGUCUACACCCACGAAGUGAACCGACUUUGGAGGAAGAACCGUGCGCAGAACAACAUCUUGUGUGCCGGUGUCGAUCUUAAUCGAAACUUCCCAUUCAAGUGGGCUUUUACCAGCAAUGCCUGUACCAAUACUUUUGCUGGGAUGGAGCCUGCCACUGAACCGGAAACUCAAGCAAUGAUGGCCUUGAUGGAGCAGUACAAAUCCGCUAUGGCUAUGUACAUUGCCGUGCAUACUCACGGGGAGAUGAUCCUGUGGCCUUGGGGUUACGAUUUCAUCCAUUGUGACAACUCGGAAGAACACGACACCCUGGGCAGGCAGGCUCGGGAUGCGAUUGUUGCUGUGGGAGGUGACGAAUGGACGGUUGGAAAUUCCGCUGAUGUUCUGUACAAGGCUUCAGGGGCUACGGACGAUUAUGCUUUCAAUAGCGGAGCUCGAGUGGCGUUCACGAUUGAGCUGACUGGAGGAGGACUGGAAGGGUUUGAUCUGCCGGCGUCCCAGCUUGGCAAGGUCACUAAGGAGACCAUGGAAAUUUUCAAGACCUUUGGCAAGUACGCUGGAACGUUGCCACUGCCAUCAAGUGAGUUGCAGUAGAUACGGGCAAAUGAUUA